AUGGAGUCAUUCCGGGAAGAUUCGCUAGAGUUAGUAAAACAGAUUGAACUUUCCAAUACAACUGCCGACAUUCUUCAAGGGCGUGGCGAUAUGUUGAGAGCAGACGACGCAUUGCGCGAUUCUUGCCACCAGCCUUUUGACUCCACUUUUCGAGGAGGCUUUCCAAAAUGUGUGACAUUUUACGAGGCCCUGCAGAGAGCAUGGAGGAAGAUGCAGAUGAGAGGGUUAGUUGGCGCAAUACCAUUCCCAGUGACGCAAGAACAGGCUAGUAACAUUACUGAAAACGAUUUUGUGAAGCUUGCGAAGGAGGCGCAUGGUAAGUUUACAGAGACUGAAAGAAAUCGACAAAAAGAGGAACAUUUUGCUAAUCUAUACGCCACUGUUUCAAAAUUAGACCUGAAUAGAUUACGUAUUAUACAUAAGGACGAUUUUAACUUGUUUGAGUACGAUGAUAUGCCGUCGACCAUUUUUGGAUGA